GCAGGGCUCCUGCAGGUGGUCAAGCAGUGCGUCCGGGUCCCCGUCUUCGUCAUGAUCCGGCCUCGCGGCGGCGACUUCCUGUACUCGGACCGGGAGGUGGAGGUGAUGAAGGCCGAUAUCCGCCUGGCCAAGCUGCACGGGGCGGACGGGCUGGUGUUCGGGGCGCUCACCGAGGACGGGCGCGUUGAUACCGAGCUGUGCACGGCGCUGCUGGCAGUGUGCCGGCCCCUGCCUGUCACGUUUCACCGAGCCUUUGACAUGGUGCACGACCCUCUGGUGGCAUUGGAGACCCUGAUUUCUCUGGGCUUUGAGCGAGUGUUGACAAGCGGCUGUGACAGCUCAGCGCUGGAAGGGCUGUCCUUGAUUAAGAGGCUUGCAGAGCAGGCAAAGGGCAGAAUUGUGGUGAUGCCAGGGGGCGGCAUCACAGAGAGAAACCUGCAGAGGAUUCUGGAAGGCUCCACAGCUUCAGAGUUUCACUGCUCUGCUCGCUCAGCCCGGGACUCAGGGAUGAAGUUCAGAAACCCAAACGUUGCCAUGGGGGCAUCCUUCUCUGCCCCGGAGUACUCCAUAAAGGUGGCAGAUGUGGCCAAAGUGAGGACCCUGAACGCCAUCGCAAAGAACAUUCUGUAGCAGAAGGUGCCGUGCGGGGACAGGAGCUGAGACCGCGGGGUUCUCCCUGCCCCAUGGACAGAUGGGUACUGCUUCCCUCAGGCUGCAGAGAGGGUGAACUGGGUGAAGAAGCCUGACACCUCUUCUCUUGGCUUCCCCUGAGUGACCAGUCCCUGGCUUGGAAACUUACGUUGGCCGUUUUAAAUAAAAGGACUCAUUCCCAGAUGUUGCAGCAACAAGCUGUUUGGCAGUAUUUGGGAGAAAGGGAGCUGAGCAAGUAGGAGGAUUGAGUUGUGUAGCACUGCAUGUGAUUGUCAAAUAAACACUGCAGCUCCCCCCCU